AUGACUUUCCUGGCUGAUGGCCUCGUUGAAGAGCUGAAGCGCGCCUUCCAGUCCGUCGGCAAUCGAAUGCUGAAGGCCGGCGCCGCCGAAUACGCGGCCUUCUUCAAGAAGCUCGAAGAAACUCGACACGAGCUGUGUCGCAUGGAGCAAGUGGUUCUCGACUCGAUGAGCAAUACAGACGCCUACAAUGUGAACACACCAUCGAUUCCUGCCGAAAUCGCCAGCUCGCUCGACUCGACCCAAAUCGCCACCUCACGCGCCGCCUCGGCCAAGCCCAUCUGGAAAUGGCCGGAAAUCGAGAAGGCCGAGCAACAUGUCGAAGAGCCGCCGCCAGAGUCGCCGAAGCCUGUCAUCAAGUAUUUUGGGUCGCCCCUGAACCACCCUCAUCACGGCCUCACCGAAGACUACUUUGCCGUCGAUGAACUUCCGGCACAUCCCGUGUUCAUGGGUUCCGGCGACAACGGACAAGAGGACGACGAGGAGAACAGCUUCAAGCUCUUACGGCGACCCAUCCAAUUUGCGCCUCAUCUUCGGCCAGCUGGAUGCUCCAGUACGAGUUCUACUGGGCGCGCCGUUUACCAAGUCCAAAUGGUGAACCCCGCGUCGCCACUCGAAUUCUACGUGACUCACGAGAAGGGAAGA